AGAGGCAGAAACGUGCGCGCGAAGAAAUAAGGAGAGGAGUUGUCUACAGGCUAUACAAUAUCUCCAUUGUGACAUUGGGAGGAGGAGAUCUAGAAAGAAUUGAAUGGUAGCUACACCCUGCGCGUAGAAGCGUAGAGUCACCAUAGGGAAGACUGGGAAUCAUUUUUUGGCAAUAACAGAGGUGGGAGAGGGGCAUCGAAACCGAGAAAAAAACAGCCUGAGACAGUUUCUGUGUAAAUUCUGAUUCGUUGAAUGCGUGAGAGUAAUGUAUUGUCGUCAGCAUGAUCUUAGGUAGAAGUAAUAAGCGACAAUAACGAUAACUAAACGUAAUUUUCAACAACAGACACUCCUAUUUUGUCUCAUUAUUAUUAUUCGGAAAGAGACCCUGUCAUCUGAAAGCCGACAGGACACUGCAUGGAUAUUAUCUCUGAAAGCAUACAAAAAAACGACCUUACAAAGAAAACUACAUUUUGAUUGAUCUUGUGAGUUAAUGUGCGUGAUCUUGCACGCACGCACGCACACGAAACGAACCCGAAACAAAAGCAAACUCCUCCUCCCUCCGUUUUCUCUCCUCCUCUCCCUCCCCCAGUUCUUCUAUGCUCAGUUCGGUCUGCGUCUCCUCUUUCAAAGGGCGCAAGGGUGGGAACAAGUCAUCCAACAAAGCAUGUUACACUGCAGACAUGACUUGUCCGUCGGAAAGCGAGAAAAUCGUGAUCAACUGCGGGGGGGUGCGGCAUGAAACCUAUCGAAGCACCCUAAAAACGUUGCCCGGUACCCGCUUAUCUUGGCUUACCGAACCGGACGCCUUUAGCAACUUCGAUUACGACCACAAAAACGACGAGUUCUUCUUCGAUCGCCACCCAUCCGUCUUUUCAUUCAUCCUCAACUAUUACCGCACAGGGAAGUUGCACUGUCCGAACGAUGUGUGCGGCCCGCUGUUCGAAGAGGAGCUGGCAUUCUGGGGCAUCGAUGAGACGGACGUGGAGGCUUGUUGCUGGAUGAAUUACCGGCAACACAGGGACGCAGAGGAGGCGUUGGACAGCUUUGAGAAUCCCGAACCGGAGUUGCCAGAAGACGACCCAACUCUACCAGGAGGCGCAGAUGGGGACAUGAAAAGACUGUGCUUGCAUGAGGACGGAAGGAAAAAGACUUGGUGGGAAAUCUGGCGGCCCAGAAUGUGGGCCCUUUUUGAAGACCCUUAUUCCUCUAAAUACGCCCGGUACUGCGCAUUCCUCUCCCUUCUGUUCAUCCUCAUCUCCAUCUCCACCUUCUGCAUGGAGACGCACGAGGCCUUCAACACCAUCUACAACAAGACGGAGAAUGUGACGGAGGGAAACAUGACGCGCGAGGUGAUCGUCUACGAGGUGGUGACCGACAGCUGGCUUACGUACGUGGAGGGCAUGUGCGUCAUCUGGUUCACCAUUGAGGUGAUGGCACGCGUGGUCUUCUGCCCGGACAAGGUCGAGUUCUUCAGGAGCACCCUCAACAUCAUCGACUUCAUUGCCAUCAUGCCUUUCUACCUGGAGGUGGGGCUGAGCGGCCUGUCCUCCAAAGCCGCCAAGGACGUGUUGGGCUUCCUGCGCGUGGUCCGCUUCGUUCGCAUCCUGCGUAUCUUCAAGCUGACCCGCCACUUUGUGGGGCUUCGCGUCCUGGGCCACACGCUCCGUGCCAGCACCAACGAGUUCCUCCUGCUCAUCAUCUUCCUCGCUCUCGGAGUGCUCAUCUUCGCCACCAUGAUCUACUAUGCCGAGCGCAUCGGCGCCGACCCUGAUGACCCUACGGCUGCCAAACACACAAACUUCAAGAAUAUCCCCAUUGGUUUCUGGUGGGCCGUGGUCACCAUGACCACUCUGGGCUACGGGGACAUGUACCCCGAAACGUGGUCGGGGAUGCUGGUGGGUGCGCUGUGCGCCCUGGCAGGGGUGCUGACCAUCGCCAUGCCUGUGCCCGUCAUCGUCAACAACUUUGGCAUGUACUACUCACUGGCCAUGGCCAAGCAGAAGCUUCCCAAAAAGAAGGGCAAGCACAUCCCCCGGCCCACCAUGCCGGGCUCGCCCAACUACUGCAAGCCUGACGCUCUCGCUAUGGCCACCGCCUCGCCCCAUAGGAUCCUGGGUAAUGUACUCGGCGAGGUGAUCGGGUCUGGAGGCUUCGACUGCCCCCUUGCUCAAGAGGAGAUCAUAGAAAUCAACCGAGAUUCCAAGCAGAACGGCGACGCGGCCACUGCGGCCCUGGCGAACGAGGACUGCCCUACUAUCGACCAGGUGCUGAGCCCGGACGAGCGGAGUCCCGCGGGGCGAGGGGGCACCGGAGUAACCCGGGAACGCUACCAGCAGGACCGCGCUUGCUUCCUGCUCAACACCAGGGAAUUCCGCGCCACAGAUGGGAAUGUGCGGAAAGUGUUAAGUUUCUAGCAAUUUCUCUGACGAAGACAUACUGAGUCAGUUAAUCAGAAAUGAGCGGAGGGAGCCACUUUAACCAAGACGUGUGACACGGAUGGACAGUUAAAAGGCAUAUCUUUGGCGUGACGAGAGAGAGAGAGACCAGAGGGAGAUCAAGAUAAACAUGAGGUUGGAUCUUUACGUUGUUACCAAAGCAGCCUCUUGGAAACUCCGGCCACACUUUUGAAGACUGUCUGACAGAUCACAAUGACGACUGACUGAGCAUUGCACUGACACACUCAGAGAGAAAAGGACUCCUACUGCAACAUUCCAGAAGACAUUAUAUUGUGACGCUCAACCAUCUCACAGUACAGUGACCAAUAACCGACUGCAGUGCUGAUCUACUGAGAAACUUAGAGAAUCAAUUAAUUAUCACUCACCUAUAAACGAGCGACCAGGUCUAACUAACUAUGUAGCAUCUCUGCUAACACUGUAGCAUUUGUUAGCUGGGAAAGUAACGUCAUGACCUUAUCCUUUGACAGUUUUGAACAGAGUGAUGCGGAACGACGCACUAAAUGAAAACUUUACAUGCCGUUGUCCUCUUGUGUUAUUUCCUUUUUACAAGAAACUAUUGUACAUGAGAGACAAAGACAAGUUGCCCUCGAACUGUUCUUUUUUUUUUCAAAAAAAAUGUGUGAGAGCAACUGAACCAGUUGCAGGUUAAAUGAAUCAGAGAACUGAAUUUGGACGUUUGAUAAUAUAUCUGUUCUCCCACCUCAUGAAGGAGUUCAUGACUUGUAGAAGUUAAAGAGACUGGUUAUCAAUCAAGCCUUUACGUCUCCCAUUAAUUUCCAUCCAAUCUGGAAAGACGAUGCCAGGCCCUCAACAUAGUGUACUACGUCCAUAUGAUAGAAGUACUACGUACAUAUGAUAGAAGUACAUAGAUGACCAUACCAAAAUGGACGUAGCAUCAACAGAGGACCAAUUAGUACUAUAUUCCCCCCCCCCCCCCCCCCCCCCCCCCCCUGCAAAAUAAUUAUUGGUGAACAAGACUCUCUCUGUCUCUCACGUACUGACUUUGAAAUCCACGUGGCAUACUGUACCAAAGGUCCUAUGCAUGCACUCGCUGUAUGACUUGCCUAUAAAGUAACAACAGUACGGGCUGCUAUGGGAUGAACAUUCCAUAUAUCUAGUGCAAAGCUUUGAACUGCCCUCGACACCUUCAUUAUCGCCUCGCUUUGGUACAAACGUGCAAGCUGGAAAUGCCACUCGUGUGUGUGUGUGUGUGUGUAUAUAACAGAGGUAAUUCCUGAGUAUAUUUUAAAACAUAUUUAAUUGAAUUAUAUUUAUUACAAUUACAUUCCUCUUGAACAAACAAAAAAAUACUUCAUGAACGUAUGCGUAUGACAGACACUGGUAUCGGUCACUAUAAAUUGACUAACUUACCUGCUGCUCAAAUCAAUCAUGAGUAGAGCACAGACUGACUAAAGGUCAAGUCCCAUGCACAGACCUGCCAACAGGAGGAAUAAGGUUCUAACUUAAAUACAGCACAGAGGAGGCCUCCAUAAUAAGGAUACCUUGAAGUCACAUCAAAGUGUAUCCGGUGGGGGAAAAAGUCCUCUGCUGUGUUUUUUACAAGGAACUAAACAUGCACAUAAUACUACUAUUAUUAUUAUAUCAGAUGCAUAUAUACUGCCAAUGAGGAAAAUACGUCCCCUUAUGCUUAUACUGCCCCCCCUCCCCAGACGCAUAUACUUCCCUCAUCUCUCUCUUGUUCCCUUGCUGCCAAGCAAUGACCAAUGACUGCUUCAGGGUUAAGUCAAGCCUCCAACAAGAAAGCGAUGCCCUCCAAAUGAGACCAUUAAUAAAGUAAAACGGUGGAGAAAUGGACCAAGGAAGUAAAAAGGGGGGGACGUGUACAAAGAGAACAAAUCUAUAUUUUGAUAAACAAAUCAGCUAUCCAUGGCUUCAGACGGAGAAGGAGCACCAACUGAAAACAGGGUCAAAAUGCCAUUGGGAAAAGCAGUUGCAAACGUCUGUGAAUAUCAUGAAAACCUAUAUCGGAACUGGUUUGGCAAAAAAAGAAAGAGAAAAGUAGAGGAAUAAUAAUAUAUGAGAAUUACGUUUUUGGAAGGUUGGUGUGGUGGUUUGACAGGAGCGACUGUGUUUGAGAACACAUGGAGAGUAUAAUAAUGGAGAGUCACAUGAGUGAGAGAAAGCUAUGGGGGCGGCCCGGAGUGGGGACGGCCCGGAGUGGGGACGGCCCGGAGUGGGUGGGGCCCGGAGUGGGGACGGCCCAGAGUGGGUGGGACCCGGAGUAGGGACAGCCCAGAGUGGGUGGGGCCCAGAGUAGGGAUGGCCCGGAGUAGGUGGACGCUGUACUAAACAAUGAAGAAGGAAAAAAAAGAAAAUGCAUUUUUGUAACUUUGUUUACCAGCAUGACUACCCUGCAUGACUGUCUUUUCUGCAAGCCCUUUGUUGAAGACAAGGGUGCUAGAGAUACAACAAAAAAACCACAUAUAUAAAAGGAAUUAUUUAAAAAAUGUUAUAUGCAAUUAAUAUAUAUGAAAAAAAGAUUAUAAUGAAAGAGAAGAGCUAUAUUUUGUUUUGAAAAAGUAAAAAAUGUGAAAAUUGAAACAUGUAUGUUUGCAAAAUACACACUGAACUAUGUUUUGUUAGAUGAAAUCUCUCUGCUACUACUGCCCCACAUUCUGCAUUCAUUCAUUCAAUUUUAUUGACCUCUGCAGUACUGUCUGCUUUUAUUAAGCUGUACUUAAGUGUUUGUUGUUUGUUGUUUCAUUUUUGUUUUUCAUUCUAGCCAGUUAUAAUUCUAUCUAAAAUUUGCAUUUAAGGGUUAAUUUCACUCUUCAUUUUUGAGAAGUGAUCUUAGCCCUUUUCAUCGAUUCAAAAACUCAAUGUUUCCCUUCCUUGAAUCAUUUUCGCCACCACUGUAGCAGCCAUUUUAAAUCGAUAGCGCUCCAUACUGUAUGUUUGAAGGGUGUAUACAUUACAAAUAUUCAAUGUUUGCUUUUAGUUGUUGUUGAGAAUAAUAGACUAUUUGUCAUAUGAUUGUAGCAGGGCAAAUUGAUACCAUGGAUGGUUACCUUCUAUGCCCGUUUGGGGAAGUUUGUAACCGUUUGUUUUUGGAAGUGGCUGGGUGGUUAUGUUCUGGGGAAGGCAGUCUUCUUCCAUCAGUCCUCAGGGGAGAGACGGUGAAAAGGGGGGUUAGGCCGGGAUUUAAUCUGAUCAGCGGUAGAUCCGUGUUAUAGUGCGCUUGAGAUUUAAAGGUAAUUUCCAAUUGAGCCGUGAACACGGUCUCCGCAAACGUGGGUACGUUACCUUUAAAAGGUGCAUAGCUGACAAAGUGCGAUUGGAUUGAAUCACAGACUUUGGCCCGGGGUUCAAACGAAUGCAGAUGAAUGACCUGUGCACUGCGAUCGAUUUUUAAAGGCGAUUUAAACUGUUUGAGUCGACAUCUGCGGCUUUUGCAGCGAACAUUAUCUGUGUCUUUUGAAAUCAAUUUCUGUGCUGGAUUGAAUCCAGGGCCUUAGUUAGUUAUCCAAUAAAGUGCAAUAUCUGUUCAUGAGAGAGAGAGAGAGAGAGAGAGAGAGAGAGAUUUGUUACUAGUCGAGAGAUUUCAGGUUUGCAUGAAACAAACUGCCAUUCCAAAGUUGUGUCUGUUUUAAAAGAGACUCAGGUGUGUCGGUGGUUUGUGUGGAUUUAGGUGGUUUGCUAUUUUCCGUAUAUAAUAAAUUCUAGUAUAUAGAUAAAAUAAUGUGAACACCUUACAGUGACGUGAAACGCAUGCAUUGUGACUUGAUUGUCGAUCUCCUGAGGGAACGCGGUCUCGCCAUAUCCCAAGCUCCUUUGUUGUGUGUCAUGAAACCAGUCCUGAUGUUAUGAACACUGUGCCGUGUCGUAGAGCAGCAACGUCUUCCUCGGAGAGACAACUGAACACUACACACACUCUCAGUGUCAGCAUGGGUGUGUAGAGGUAGCUUGUCCUUGUUGUUAGGUGGUCAGGUCUUGCAUUCGUUCGUCAUCCAUUCGAGAACCAUCCAGCUGAUAGUCGUCGACGGGCAGCAGCUCACGGUAGCAUACGUAAUGUUAUAACACGCUUCAUACACGUUAUAACAUGUUAUAUCACACUUCAUACAAAGACCCAGAGCUUCCAAACUGAUGUCAUUGAAGUACUUUAAAAUGGAGGGGUGAGAUUGAAAGAACCAGUGGCCACUACUGUGCAAGUUGGGUAGGUGUAGAAAUGUGUAUUUCACUAGAGUUCUCCACUGUUGAACAGGUUGGGUGAAUGUUGGUUUUCCAGACACUAUCUUUAAUAACAGUGGCUUUCUCUUGAGGGUGUAAGCCCUGGCAGGUCCAGGAUCAGCCCAGGCAGCUGUAAAAAAUAAAAAAUAAAAAAGCUAUCUCUGUCCAUCCCUAAUCAUGCAUUCUAAUUGGACUAUCACCACUAGACUAGACUUAAAUGAAUGAACUACGGAGGCUACUCACUUAUUUAGUUCAAUCUAUGUUGGUUUUUACAGGGUCUACAACGUUGUCCACUUUCCCGCGAAAAUUGGUCCAUGAUAUUUUUCUUCUUCCUCAAUGUGUUUUGUUCACUUUUUCCUUUCAAACUAUGAUUUCAGGAUUUUUUUAGAAGGCAUUAAGCCACUUAGGCUUUGGGGGUUGCGAACUGUAGUGUUGAUAAAUAUUCCAGGGGUAAACUUCCAGUAACCACGGUUCGUGAACUGAACACACUCGCAAAUUCCUACGAAUUUUUGAUAUUUUUUGGGGUGGUUAUGUUAUAAUAUAGCACAGUAUUGUUAAUACUUUCUCUGUUAUUGACUGAUGAGUAUUACAUUCCUUUAUUAUCAUUAUUAUAUUAUAUGUGACUGCCCACUUCAGGCUAAAAACAAGAUGUCUUUUUUUUUUCUCGUUUUCUAUUGCACAAUACUGACAUUUGAUUUAACAAUGUUGAACACAAUGGGUUACAGUGUUAAGAGUGCUAAGUCUGUUUUAUGUUCCAUUUACAAAAUGCCUUCUUUUUUUUUUUUUACCAAGGGAUAUACGUAGAUAUGGACUUCAUAACCAAUCCUCAACAACAGCUACUGUAGAUGACACAUUAUGUGAGAUUCACCCACACAUGCAACGAGUUAAGUGACUUUAACAUAUCCACUCAAUGGUAUUAUGAAGUCCUUAUUUACCCUCACCGACCCCUUUUGUAUACCUGGAUGAUCUAUCUACAGUCAAUGGAUUCUCUGAUUUCCGUUUGUUCUCAUUUUGAAUUGAAGGUUCACCGUAAAUUCCACUGGUACUACUUAUGUAUUUCAUGUACUAUCAACAAUUGUUUUGUGUGUGAUAGAAACCAGAGACAACUAUGCGGUUGAACUACUUGUAUGGGUAUACUAUGGGUAUGGAUAAAUACAUUGCCAAGCUAGUUUCGAGUAGUAAGUUGUCUGUAAGAAAACAAACAACUAACUCUUACCCUAAUGCAGUUGUAUUACCUCAACACAUAGUAUAAUGACAGACAGAGAAACAUAGAUAUACCUAUUGAACCUACUGUAUCAUACCCAUAUGGAUAUAUACAGACACAACCUAAAGGCAAAUACAGUAACACUUUAUAAUAACUCAUGAACAAGCCAUUAGAAAUGAUGAUACAUGUUACUGAAAUGCUUGCAAAAUAAAUAAAAAAGUAAAAAACCUGUUUAUUAAUAGUAUGUAUACUACUUACAUAGUUGAAUGCGUAUACUUGAAAGUUGUUAUUAAGGGUCACCACAAACUCAUUAAAAAAACAUAUUAUUACCUGUGGACCCUCAGUUCACGCACGGCCUUGAGUUGAAAUAUCGACAGACAUAUGUAAACCUAGUCAUCAGCAUUCCAAAGACAAAAUGUAUCUCAUUUUUUCACAACACUUUGUAAAAAACAGACUUAGGUGUUAUUGUUUGCUGCCAUGGUAGGAGAAGGAAUAGGAGAAAAGAAGUGGUCACUGGAACACAUGGUUGAGACUAACGCUGUAUUUUAUUUUUGAAAUGUUGGAAACACAAAAGUAUUAUUCAUCAAGAAACUGUAUAAAGUAUAUUUAUUUCGAUGGAAUGUUCAUGAUCUAUCUUUUUAUAUUCUGAAGAAAAAAAUAGAAACAUAUCAAUAAAGUAUCAUAAUUGCACAUUAUUUCGACUAUUGAGACUUAAAAUGUAUGAAUGUCAAUGCGAUCUAAUGUGAACAGAAAUCUCCUUAGCAGCUUGAACGAAUAAAUGAUUAAAGUCAUGAACUGCUUUUUCAAAGACACUCAA